AACACCAAGGGCUUCCUUGAAAGCUACGAUGAGAUGCUGCACUACACGUUGAGACAAGGGACCUGGCCAAGCACGCAGAAGGAACUGGAAGGGCGAGGGGUGGUCUGCAUGAAUUUUUUCGAUAUCGCCUUGGACUUCAUCCUCAUGGACGCUCUGGAAGAUCUUGAGAACCCGCCGUCCUCAGUCGUGGCCAUCUUGCGUAACCGCUGGCUCUCGGACAGCUUCAAGGAGACGGCUCUGGCCACCGCGUGCUGGUCAGUUCUGAAGGCGAAGAGGCGGCUUCUGAUGGUUCCGGACGGUUUUAUAUCUCAUUUUUACUCCGUAUCGGAGCAUGUCAGCCCAGUGCUGGCUUUCGGCUUUCUGGGGCCCAAACAGCAUCUCUUUGAAGUCUGCAGCUUCUUCAAA